ACUAUAUUGAAUACACCAAUAAAAUUAAAAGAAAAUUUAAAAAAUAUUGAAUCAAAUACAAUUAUUCUUGAAAUAUCACCAGAUAAUAUAUUAGUUGAUUUAUUAAAAGAUAAUAUUGAGAAUGACAUUAAAUGCAUCGAAUCUUUAAUGCAAAGGAAUGAUAAUAAUUUAUCAACUUUUUUCACUACCAUUGGGAACUUAUAUACAAAAGGAUUCAAUCCUAAACUCGCAAAAUUAUAUCCCGAAGUACAAUUCCCGGUAAGUCGUGGUACACCAAUGAUUGCGCCUACUGUUAGAUGGGACCACACAAAAGAAUGGCCAAUACCGAAAGAAGGUUAUAGUUAUCAGAAACAAGCGUUUGAAAAAUCCGUAAUUAUUGACGUGAGCAAUCCCGAAUAUGAAAACCUUAAGGGACAUAUAAUUGAUGGUCGUAAUCUAUAUCCAGCAACUGGUUACUUAGUCCUAGUAUGGAAAACCUUAACAGAUACCGAAGGUGAAUUGAUAGAAAAUUUUGCAGUAGAAUUCGAAGACAUACAAUUUCUACGUGCUACAAAUAUUCCUAAAAACAAUACAAUAACACUUACAGUGAUGAUACAAAAAGGUACUGGAAAUUUCGAAAUUUUAGAAAGUGGUUCAGUUGUAGUCACCGGUCGAAUUAAGCGUAUACCGCAUGAAUCUAAUAAAUUACUACGUUUACCCAAAGUAAAACCAAUUAUCAAUGAUGAUGAUAAAUUACCAUUAAAUUCACGUGACGUUUACAAAGAGUUACGCUUACGUGGCUACAAUUAUCAAGGUGACUUUAAGGGAAUUAUAUCUACGGAUAACAGUUGCUAUGUUGGACAAAUUGAGUGGAAAGCGGGCCAUUGGAUUCCGUUUAUGGAUAAUAUGCUACAAUUACAAAUAUUACAAGAGGAUGCCAGAUUUUUGUAUGUGCCGACAAGUAUUCAAAAGUUAACAAUAUACCCACAAGAGCAUUUCCGAUACGUUCAAGACCACGAGGAUGGUAAACGUUCAAUAACGGUUACAAAUUACAAAGAGUAUCAAGUGCUACAAGGGGGUGGUGUACAAAUUGUGGGUUUAAUGGCAACAUCAAUAAAUCGAAGAAAGCCAUUGGGUGAAGCUGUUUUAGAAAAACAAGAAUUUGUCCCAUUAACUAGUUCCAUUUCACAACAAUAUACAGUUGUUGAUGCUAUGCGAAUAUUGUUCCAAUUGGGCUUAGAGAAUCAACCCAAUGUAAAAGUAAAAGUUGUUGAGGUUGAUAAUCAACUUAACGAUAUUCUCACACCUGUAAUUUUUGAAGUUCUCAGCGAUCUUCCAUUAAUCCAACCUGAUUUAACUGUUAUUUCAAAUCGCACGUAUCAAUUACCAAACAAUUGUCAAGUUUCUGAUAAGCCAUUACAAUCUGAAACCAAGGCUGAUUACGUUGUUAUAAAUGAUUUAGUGAACAAUCCAGAUAUAUUAGUAGUAAUUAAUAAAGUUUUAAAAGAUGGUAAUAGCUUUGUAAUAUCGCGUGAAAACUGUAAAACAAAAACAAAUAAUAUAAUCGGCUACAAUAUUCUAUGUGAAAUAUUUAUAGAAAAUGAAAAACUAUUGAUGCUGCGUAAACAAAAAAUAAAUAUUAUAAAACCAGAAGUAAUACAAAUUACAAAUGAUAUUGAAUUCCCGUGGAUAGAAAAAUUACAACAAACAAUUAAAUCUAAAAUACCCACAAUUUUAUAUUCACAAAAUGAACCAAUUAGUGGCUUAAUUGGCUUAAUAAACUGCUUACGAAAAGAGUAUUUAAAUAAUUCAAUUCAAGCUGUAUUCAUAAACGAUAAGAAUGCGCCGGACUUCGAUAUCAGUAAUCAAUUCUAUAAAACACAAUUAGAUCUCGGUUUAGCUGUAAAUGUGUACAAGAAUGGUGUUUGGGGUGCAUAUCGUCAUUUGAAACUGUUCGAAACAAAAACAAUGACUGACACAGCUUAUAUUAAUUGUAUAGUCCGAGGUGAUUUAUCGAGUAUGAGCUGGAUAGAACUACCGUUAUCAACAAAACCAAAAAAAAUCAUUGAAAUAUGUUAUUCGGCCAUGAAUUUUCGUGAUGUAAUGACAGCUACUGGAAAAUUGGGCAUUGAUUUUAUAGCUAAAGCUAAAAGUGACCCAGAUUGUGUUUUACCAAUAGAUUGUGUACAAGGCUUAGAAUUUUCAGGCAUUGAUCGAAAUGGUAAACGGUACAUGGGUUUAAUAUCCCGCGCGGGACAAGCAACGCGUGUUGAAUGUGACGAAGAUUUUACUUGGCCAGUACCAGAUAAUUGGACGUUAGAAGAGGCAGCAACAGUUCCUGUUGUGUAUUCGACAGUGUAUGCUUCUCUGAUUAAAUUUGGCUUGUCUAAAGGUCAAUCUGUGCUGAUUCAUUCUGGAACUGGAGGUGUUGGGCUAGCAGCAAUACAUGUUGCGUUACAUUAUGGUUGCGAAGUAUUUACAACAGUUGGCACUCAAGAGAAAAGGGAUUAUAUUAAAAAACUAUUCCCACAAAUUAAGGAUAGUCAUAUUGGCAAUUCGCGUGAUACUUCCUUUGAACAAAUGAUCAUGUUUGAAACAAAUGGUCGUGGUGUUGAUUUUGUAUUGAAUUCAUUGGCUGAGGAAAAGCUACUAGCUUCGGUGCGAUGUCUUGCUGAAUAUGGAAAAUUUAUGGAAAUUGGUAAAUUUGAUUUGUCCAAGAAUAAUAAACUUGGAAUGGAAGUAUUUAUGCGAGGGGCGUCAUUUCAUGGUAUCAUGUUGGAUAAUACAAUGCAUGCAGCCGCAAGUCAAAAGCAAGAACUUCAAUCAAUGGUAUGGAAAGGAAUUCAAGACGGUGCCGUUAAACCGUUGCCAAGAACUGUAUUUGGAAUAGACAAUUUAGAAGCGCCAUUUAGAUACUUGAGUGCUGGUAAACAUAUUGGUAAAGUACUGAUUAAAAUUCGAGAAGAUGAGACUCAAAAAACUGUUGUAGUACCUGCAAUACCAAAAUUAUAUGUUAAACAAAAUAAAACUGUUGUGAUUAUUGGUGGCCUUGGUGGAUUUGGAUUGGAGUUAGCAAAUUGGUUGAUCCAGAGAGGUUGUAAAAAUUUAAUACUAUCAUCAAGGCAGGGUUUAAAAAAAGGAUAUCAAUCUAUUCGAGUUCAAAAAUGGCGCUCUGUUGGAGUUAACAUACAAAUUUCUACCGCAGACAUAUCAACAAAACAGGGAUGCAUACAAAUAUUAAAAUUUGCUAAUCAAUUUGGUCCAGUUGAUGGAAUUUAUAAUUUAGCGGUUUUAUUACGCGAUGCAUUAUUCGAAAAUCAAACCAUUGAAAAUUUCCAAACGUCAUUUAAGGGAAAAGUAUUGGGUACACAAUACUUAGAUGAGGUUAGUCGAACAUUAUGUCCAGAAUUACGUCAUUUUGUUGUAUUCUCGAGUGUAUCCUGUGGGCGUGGAAAUGCGGGCCAAACGAAUUAUGGUAUGGCCAAUUCAGCAAUGGAACGCAUUUGCGAAGAGCGUCACGCGAAUGGAUACCCAGCACUUGCGAUACAAUGGGGUGCUAUUGGAGAGGUGGGUCUUGUUGCUGAUAUGCAAGAUAAUGAUACCAUAUUAGAAAUUGGUGGGACACUUCAACAAAAAUUAAACAGUUGUUUCGAUGCCAUGGAUAUUUUCUUGAAACAAAAAUCUCCAGUUGUUGCAAGUAUGGUAGUUGCUGAGAAAAAGUAUGGAUAUGGUGCAGGUGGUAAUAUUUUGGAAUCGAUUAUAAGUAUUAUGGGCAUACGAGAUUAUACGACAAUUAGUAAACAUGUUAGUUUAGCGGAGAUUGGUAUGGAUUCAAUGAUGGCAGUUGAAAUUAAACAAACAUUAGAAAGAGAGUUUGAACUUUUCUUAACACCACAAGAUAUACGUAAUUUAACUUUCUCGAAAUUAACGGAAAUACAAACGCAACUAAAUGAGAACUCGGAAUUAAAUACCUCAACGAUAGCAAACUCGAAUUCUCAAGAAAAUAUAUUUAAAAUGUUUAUUCGUACAUUAGGCAAUGAAAAUCAACCUACUGAACCAAUAGUAAAAAUAAUAUCCACAGAUAAUAAUGUAAAAGCACUGUCAUUAUUUUUUAUUCCUGGCAUUGAAGGACAUUGUCCAAUAUUUGAACCACUGUGUUCGAAAUUAAAUCAUCCAUGUUAUGGCUUACAAAUUUGUUUUUCUGACACCUCUAAUAGUAUUGAAGAAAUAACACAAAAAAUGAUUUCACAUAUUAAAUCGAAAUUAUCUGAAAAUGAAGAAUAUGGACUUGUUGGAUAUUCAUAUGGCUGUACAUUAAUGACAGAAAUUUCUAUACAGUUAGAAAAAUUAGGGCAUAAAGGUCGAUGUUUAUUCAUUGAUGGAUCUCCAACAUUUGUCAAAUCAGUAAUUUGCAAACAAUUUUCAAUGACCAAUGAUUUAUCUUCAAAUGUUAUAGAAUCAAGAUUGCUUAUAAUGAUGUUGUCGUUGUUUGUUAUUGAAAAUGUUUCAAAUAUUUUGAAUGAACUUGAAAAUUUACCAAAUUGGGAAUCACGAGUUAAUCUUUUUAUAUCAAAAAUACCAAAAGAUGUUUCAUCCUAUUCUGAGAAAUAUCUUCGGACAAUAUGCAACGGCUUGUUGGCUCGAUUUCAAUCAAUUAUAAAUUAUAACAUAUCCGAAGAAAUUAAAUUAAAUGUUCCAAUUGCGCUAGUACGACCCACCACGCAAGUUUUAAGUGAUAUAUCCGAAGAUUAUGAUUUAUCAUCUUUAGUACACAAAGAGUCAUCAAAGAUAAAUGUUACAGUCCUCGAUGGUGACCAUUACACUAUUUUAGAAAAUGAAUUGUUAUCGAAUUUAGUGAACGAAUUCUUUUCGUAAAAUAU